CGCAGCCGGGACACAGAGGGGAGGGCGAGAACUCCAGGCGCGGCACCGCGCUCCCUGAGGCGAUGGCGGGUGGCGCGGUGGCUGGCGCGCGCGGCGCGGGGGGGUCCAGGAUGCCUGAGAACAUCUCCUACGCCAACUGCUGCGAGGCGGGCGAGCUGGCCAUGCGCCCGGACUGGCCGGGGACGGGCCGCGCGCGGCCCUCGGGGACCGCCCGUCCUCUCUGGGAGGCGCCCGCGCUGUCUACCGUGCUCAUCGUCACUACCGCGGUGGACGUUGUGGGCAACCUCCUGGUCAUCCUCUCCGUGCUCAGGAACCGCAAGCUCCGGAACGCAGGUAAUCUGUUCUUGGUGAGCCUGGCAUCAGCUGACCUGGUGGUGGCCUUGUACCCCUACCCGCUAAUCCUCGUGGCCAUCUUCCAUGACGGCUGGGCCCUGGGGGAGGUGCACUGCAAGGCCAGUGGCUUCGUGCUGGGCCUGAGUGUCAUUGGCUCUGUCUUCAACAUCACUGCCAUCGCCAUUAACCGCUACUGCUACAUCUGUCACAGCAUGGCCUACCACCGGAUCUACCGGCACUGGCACACCGCCGUCUACAUCUGCCUCGUCUGGCUGCUCACUCUGGUGGCCUUGGUGCCCAACUUUUUCGUGGGGUCCCUGGAGUACGACCCACGCGUCUACUCCUGCACCUUCAUCCAGACGGCCAGCACACAGUACACAGUGGCAGUGGUAGUCAUUCACUUCCUCCUCCCCAUUGCUGUCGUGUCCUUCUGCUACCUGCGCAUCUGGGUGCUGGUGCUCCGGUCCCACAGGAAGGCCAAGCUGGAGACCAAGCUGCGCCUGAGGCCCAGCGAUGUCCGGAGCUUCCUAACCAUGUUCGUGGUGUUUGUGAUCUUCGCUAUCUGCUGGGCCCCGCUGAACUGCAUUGGCCUUGCUGUGGCCAUCGACCCAGAAGGAAUAGCUCCCCAGGUCCCGGAGGGGCUCUUUGUCACCAGCUACUACCUGGGUUACUUCAACAGCUGCCUUAAUGCCAUAGUCUACGGGCUUCUGAACCAGAACUUCCGUAGGGAAUACAAGAAGAUUGUCUCAGCCCUCUGGAACCCUGGGCGCUGCUUCCGGGAUGCUUCCAAGGGCAGCCAGUCCACAGGGCCUCAGAGCCAAACUCCACCUGUCGUUAAUGCCCAGCAUCCUGUCCAGGUAGACACUCUCUAGACUGGAUCACUGACCGGGCGACCGGUUCAUUAAAUGGUGGGGGUGGAUCUGCUCCAUGUGUGAGAUCAGGCAGCCUGCUGGGCUAUGCCGUCCUGUUCACGUGACAGCACAUGGCUUGUGGAACUUCAUCCUGUGGACAAGAAGACCAUUGGCAUCCUUGGUUCGGGCUAGUCAGAGGAUGCCUAUAGGCACUGGGGGCCACAUCCAAGUAAGCACGGCAUCGGCCCUGGCAGACACUCUCACUGCACCGGAGACUUGAGGCACACAUCAACCAAGGAAAGGACAGAAUGAGGACGGGCUUGGGACAGAAGAAGCCAGUUACUUCCUAUGAGCUGUCCUCUUCUCCCACUUUGGCCUCCUUUCUGGUUUCUCUCUGUUCCCCAAAGGGCAGUAAGAAUGGAUACCUUCCUGUUGGCAUUGAGGAGGGCACCUGUCGGGAUGAGCACUGGGUGUUGUGUGGAAACCAG